GAGUGUUGCCCUGAAGCUGUCCGUCCCACCAUGCCUGAGGACAAGGCUAUCCCCGUACGUGUGGCGCUGAGAUGUCGGCCCCUGCUGCCCAAAGAGACCAUGGAGGGGUGUCAGACAUGCCUGCAGUUUGUCCCCGGAGAGCCACAGGUUCUAGUGCUGGGUACAGACAAAGCUUUUACCUAUGACUACUGCUACAGUAUGGACACCAUGCAAGAGCAGGUCUUCGAGGAGGCUGUUUUACCACUUUUAGAUGGCUUCUUUAAAGGUUACAAUGCCACAGUGUUAGCCUAUGGGCAGACUGGCUCAGGUAAGACCCACACCAUGGGUGGAGCCUACAGUUCCAGUAUAGAGGAUGAGUCCGUAGUGGGGAUCAUUCCCAGGGUCAUUCAACACAUCUUCAAGGGCAUCCAGGAGAGAGACAAGUCUGACUUCAUCAUCAAGGUCUCUUACCUGGAGCUGUAUAACGAGGAGAUAAUAGAUCUGCUGAGUAAAGAGAAGGAGAACAUCGUCAUCAGAGACACCACGUCUGGAGGCAUCUCAAUAACGGGACUGCAGGAGAUCACCACACAGACAGGUAAGGAGUUGGUUGGCUGUCUGGAGCAGGGGAACGUCCACCGUACCACGGCUGCCACCGCCAUGAACGCCACGUCCAGCCGAUCCCACGCCAUCUUUACCAUCAGCAUGGAGCAGCGUAAAAAGGACGACAAUGCUGAUUACUGCCUGUCAAAGUUCCAUCUUGUGGACUUGGCUGGAUCUGAACGGGCCAAGAAAACGAAAGCAGAGGGCGACAGAUUUAAGGAAGGAGUGAGCAUCAACAAAGGUCUGCUGUCCCUGGGAAAUGUGAUCAGUGCCCUGGGAGACGAGAGUCGAGGACAGAAACAUGUCCCCUACAGGGACUCCAAACUCACCAGGCUGCUGCAAGACUCCCUGGGAGGUAACAGCCAUACUGUGAUGAUUGCCUGUGUGAGUCCUGCUGACUCUAACCUGGAGGAGACCAUCAACACCCUACGUUACGCAGACCGGGCCAGGAAGAUCAAGAACAAACCAAUUGUCAACAGGGACCCACAGACCGCAGAGCUGCUCAGACUGAAACAAAUGGUACAACAACUACAGAUCCAACUGAUGCAAGCACAGGGAGGGGUCAUUUCAACUGGGACUGCUGGUAUCAACACUGGGGAUGUGCAGAAAUAUGUUGCAAAAGCUAAAACAUUAGAGGAAGAGAACAGGAAGUUGACGAGUGAACUCCACUCGGCUGUGGAGCAGUCUACUCAGAUGUGUGAGAAAGCCAUCAUGGCUGAGAUGGUUUGUGACAAACUGAAAACGAAGGUCCUGGAACUCAAGGAGCAUGAUGGGUGCACAGCAGACCUGGGACAGCUGAUGUCAGACGUAGACAGGGAGGAGGUGAAGACAACAAUAGACUGUGUGACAGAACUGCAGAUCAGGAUCAAGGAACUGGAGACUGAACUUGCCUCUCCUGGGUUCCUCUACACUGAUGGGGAGGCUGACAGUGGGGAGAAUGGUGAGACGUCGUCCAUGGACAGUGAUGAGUUCUCCACGGAGCACGCUCUACGCCAGGCUCAGAUGAACAAGCAGCUGGCGGAGCUGAACAAGGCCCUGCAGAUGAAACAGGAGCUAGCCAGUAAGAUGAGUCAGAACGACAACUGUAUGGAGGAAGUCAGGUCCGAGUACGAGGCCAAUGUGAAGAAGCUUGAGGAUGAGGUGAGCAUUCUGCUGAAAGAGAAGGAAGAACUCUGCUCCAUGCUACAGGCUGCCAAGAGUAACAACUCUCUCAAGGUUUCUGAACAGCGGCGCAAACGUGUGAAGGAACUGGAGACCCAGAUCGGAGUGUUAAAACGGAAAAUCACCGACCAUAACAAGAUGGUCAAACUCAAGGAGCAGAGUGACAAGACAUGUUCCAAACUCAACAAGGAAAUACAGUCCAUCAAGCAGCAGCGGGUGAAGCUGAUGAAGCAGCUGAAGGAGGAGGCAGAGAAGUUCCGGCGCUGGAGACAGGAGAAGGAGAAGGAAGUCAUACAGCUCAAACAGAAGGACCGUAAGAGGCAGUUCAAAUUGGUGAAGCUGGAGAGAGACUACGAGAAGUCACAAGCUGUGCUCAGGAGGAAAACUGAGGAGGCAGCGGCUGCACAACGUAGACUUAAAGAUGCUCUCUCCAAGCAAAAGGAAGCAGCCCAGAAGAGACAACAGACUGCAGAUAAGACAGACUACAAAGGCCUGGGCACUAGAGUCAGGUCCUGGCUUGGUGAGGAGUUGGAGUUCCUGGUGAGUGUUGGUGAGGCCAGAAGACACCUGGACAGUCUACUCAUGGACCGUAGGGCCUACUCCCUGCAGCUGCAGCAGCUGCGUCAGAAGCUGGAGGAGAGCCAGCCGCCCAGGAAGCGGUCGCGCUCGGGGUCGGAGAGCGAGGGGGAGGGGGGCCAGGCCUGGAGGGAACAGAUCCACCAGCAGGUGGAGCAGCUGGAGCAGGACAUCCAGUGCAGGAAUGCUCAGAUUGCAGACCUGCAGCAGAAGCUGGUGGAUGCAGAUGUAGAGGAGAAGGCAAAGUGCCGCUGGGAGAACAUGCGCUCCCUGGUGGAGGCUAAGUGUGGGCUCAAGUGGCUCUUAGACAAGCUGGUGGAGUCUCAGAUCAACGCCAGCACGGCGGACGGGAAGGUCCAGGAGCUGCACACCAACCUGAAUGAGACGGUGCUGGAGAUGCGCCGGUACAGGUCAGAGGUCGACGACCUGAGGAACCAACACGAGGAGGAGAAGACCACCCUGCAGAGGCAGCACGAGGACAAGAUCCUGUACCUGCUGCGACAGAUGCCCAGUUCCCGCAGCGGCAGCACCGCAGGAACUGCAGAGGGUACCAGCCAAAGGGAGACAGAGCUGCUGGACAAACUGGAGUUCCAGGAGAAACAGAUAGCAGACCUGAGCCACAUGCAUGAACAACUAGAGGACAUGCGCAAGGAGAAUGAAAGCCUGAGGAAGCAAGUGACCCUUGCCAGCUACAAGGGGAAGAAACUCUCCCUGAUGCCUGAGAUCAACAUGUCAGCUGUCCCAGAGGCUACAAAGAAAGCAAAGCCCAAAGCCAAGAACACCAAGCGCAGGACCAUGACCCUGGAAGCGGCACCAGUGCAGCACUACUCCCUGGAGGAGAUCCUGAGCAGCGAGGAGAGCGAUGUCGACUUCUCCGACGACGUGGAGGCCGACCCGGACUGGCGGGCCACGCCGCUCGCCAAACAGCUGGCCAAGAGGCGCAGACAGAGGGUCAGGGACGGUGGAGCUGCCAAGCCCAAGCCGCGUCUCCAGACAUUCUCAAUAGGAACCAGCGACAGUGACUCCCUUCCAGCCUCGGACAAGCGGGAAAGUUCCGAGUACGAGGACUGCUUCUCCGAGGGCAUCAAAACCCUCCAGAGAAAGGAAUCCAAAAGUAAAGUGGGAGACGAAAACAAGGAACUCAAGCCACCAAGGAAACCAAGGGCCAAGAAAAGCUCCACCUCUAAUGCCAAGAAGCGGAGCAGUGACAGCCUUGCCCCUGACGACAGCUCCGAAAAUCCCCUGUUUGCAAAGAAAGACAAUACAGAGUUGGGUAAAGGUGGGGAGAAGAAGAAAAGGAAGCUGCUCAGAACCACUUCAGAAAAUGGCUUCUUUGGCCCACUUGUCUGAACUAUGCCAUGUCCUUAAUGCUGCUACCAGCUAAUCUCUGUAUCUGUGUUGUACUGCCAAAUCUCUAAAGAAGCAUGGGACUCAAUGUUUGAUUCCCUUACAAUAAAGGAAUGGAUGAUGAUAUAAAUGAUAAUAAGAUACAUUUAGGUGAGAUGUGAGUGCAAGGAAAGGCUAA